AUGGAAACUAUCGGGUACGGCGUGACUGCUCUCGUUACUAAAACGAAGAGCUUGACUGUUAUGAAACAGCCCUUCCCUGGAUAUGAGCAUGAGAUUGCCUUCGAGCGACAGGUUUAUGAGAAGCUGGGUAUACAUCCCCGGAUUGCUAAAUACCGCCGUGCCAUAAAACACGCCUUUGAAAUGGACUAUUACCCACACGGCUGCAUCGACAAAGCAAGACGUGACAUGGGGCCUGAGAUACCGUAUCUCAAAUGGGCUGAACAGAUCGCAGAAGGCCUGGUUUUCAUACACAGCAAGGGCAUCAUUCACUGUGACCUACGGUCACCCAAUGUCCUUGUUACCGAUACCCAGGACGUUGUCCUGGCUGAUUUUGCCUCGAGUUCAAUGGAUGGUGUCAGGGUGUCCGAUGUGUCAAAUAAUACGAGAUAUCGACCACCCAGCUUUGAUGAGCUAAAUCCUCAGUAUACCAUCCAGGACGACAUCUUUGCGUUUGGCAGCGUUGUAUACUACCUCGUUGCGGCCGAGGAUCCGUAUAAAGAUCGAACAGAUGAAGAAGUUAUCGAGCUCUACUCCGCCGGUUCCGUCGCUAGCAAGUGUUGGCAUGGUGAAUACUCUAGUGCUGCCCAAGUGUUGGAUGAUGUUCGUCAGUAUAAACUAGUCCAGAAAUCGAUCCUCGCAUUCUUGCUGACUCGUUUCCUUUGGCUCUAUAGGCAACCUGGGCUUCGAGUCGUCCUUAGCAUUACGUUGCCCAGUUUACUUCCGGUUUAUCUUCCGCGUAACGCGGUAUCUGAAACUUUCACAGUGGUCUUCACUUUUAAGCCAGAAUCUGUCGAAAUUUCUAUCAUUUCUCACAGGAGGUCAAUGAUAAACGGCCCAAAUUUCUCAGUACUCCACAUCCCCUACAUAUAUACCUAUAUAUGA